GCCACCCAGGCGCCCUCGUCAGAUAUUUUUGAUAGAAAUCACAGGGUUGGAAGCACUCCCUGUCCCGUUUCACCAGUAGUACCUCUGAACAUCAUUUGCCGGAGCCCCUAAAAACGCUAUACAGAACAGUCCCUGGGCUCAGGGAGAGGAUCCUCUCGUCUACACCCUCAGCAUCCAAUCUAGCCUCCUUCAGCCCCUUCUCCCACCAGAGAAGAAUGGGAUCAUUCUACAGACAUCAGAGAGAGCUACGCGUUCCGGGGCUUGACGAGGCCGGUGCAGACCCAGCCGUGAGGGCCAUGCUGGUGGCGUGGCUCCUUGGACCCUCCCUUGCCCACCGACCUGGAUUCCCGAAACGGGUCAAGAUUCUCUGGACUUUCCGGAGAGGCCCUGCAGUCAGAGGGAGAGAAGGGAACGCCAGUGCCGGGGAUGGACUCCCUGCCCUGGCUCCCCUGCAUUGCAACAAGCCUCUCCGAUCCCAUCUAGCGUGUGCCCAAGACCACUCCCCCCACCCACUGAGAGUCCCACAGAGGCCCAGCAAGCCACAGGUGCUCAGCCUCCCCCUUGACUGAGUGCCACCACCACCUGACUGGGUAGCAGGCACCUCUGCGCUUGCAAGGCUGGGGGGCAGCACCUUGGAAGCCCCCUGCUGCUCUCCCUGAUACCCCAGCCGGGAAGGGUCGGCCAUGCUGGGGCCCAGGCUUGCAUUGGCUGGUCACCAAAACCCAAUGCCCUCCCCUCCCUCCACCCGUCCUCCUGCUCUUUCCCCAAAGCACCAGAGCUGGGUCCCCAGGGAUGCCACCCCUCCACAUCCCAUCAGGGGCCACAUCCAGUGAAGGGCUUAAGGUGUUCUCCUUGGUUCCUGUCUGCUGGGCUCUGUAGGUAGUGACCUUGGAGGCCGGGGUUUCUCUGUGGCUUCAAAGCAAUCACAUCUUCCUGAAGGUUUUCACCUGUUGGGCUUCCCUGGCGGGCCCUCCUGAGCCCCUGGAAAGUAUGGCUCAGUCCAUCUCAGUUAGCAGUGGCACAGUGGUUCUCUCCUCUUGGGGAGAGAACCAAGAGGAGCCUGCCAGGAGAGGAAGACGUGUGGGGAAACACAGUCUUCAGUCUGAGAGGCAGAAGCAAUGGUGAAAAGGAGCCCGUGGGCUCCGAGGUCAGGGAUGGCAGUGGCUGGGUCCCCAAGGCUCCCAAGGGCCACACUCCACACUUGGAGUCCCACUGGAGUCCCCUGUGGGAUGCACUCCACCUCUACUUGGAGACUCUGGAGUCUCCUUCCUGCAGGAAGGAGGAGAACAGGGAGGACCAUUCUCUGGAGUUCUCUGCACCCACACUCCUCCCCCCCGGCAACCUGGCUCUGGCUCCAAGGUGAAGCCCAUGUUCUCCGCGGUGCCCUCUGGCUGGGCCUCAGGAUCUGGCUCUUCAGGCCCUGCCAAUCUGGCCUGCAGGCCCCGCGCUAAGUCAGCCGGCUGCUCAGAACCCGCAAGACGGCCAAGCAGGUGAACGUGUGUGUGCCCGUCCACGCUGGCAGCUGUCCACGCCCCACCCCACCCCUACCCCCACUCUCCUGCGCCCUGCCUUCAGCCCUCAUUGCCCCGACUCUCUCGGGCUCUGUCUGAGCUCUAAGUCUGCGCUGUGGCCGCCGAUCUCACUUCCCCGCCCCCAUCCCUUCCCACACGUGGAGACCCCUGCGGUCAGUGGCCAGAAAGCGGACAGGAUGGAAAUAUCUCCUCUGUUUCUACUUCCCUCCAUCAGGUGUAGCCAGAGAAUCGGAGAAUCGGUGUGGGGGGUUUACCGCACUCCCAGCGCAGUAGGGAGGAGGCUUGUACCGAGCGGGAGCAGUCCGCGCUCCCUCAGCGGGAGCACCUGCCUCCCACCCUCCCCACACACCACCCCCGCCCCACCCGACGCCGCCGGGGCUACAGAGCAGGUGCAAAGGCGCGGGAAAACGGAAGUGUACCGGGCCGCACCCCGCCCUCACACGGACGGAACCCUGAAGGCGCCUCCGACGUUCUCAGCCACACCGGCCAGGCCCAUGGAGGCCCCUGCUGCCCUUCGCUCCUGCCAACGUCAGCCUCGAAGCAAGCGCACGACUGGCGAUGGCCUGGAAAACCUCAGGGUGACAGUUCUGUCCCACGAGCAGAGUAAGCGGGUCCGCGAAGAGGCUCUUCUGGCGCCGUUAAGUCUGGAUGUUUCUACCCCACCUGAAAGACAGGGAAGGAGACAGACAGACAGACGGCGGCUGGGAGAGACAAGCGGUGACCAUCCCCGGAGGCCGGGCAGGAGACGGCCCCAGCUCGAGAGGGACAGUUGUCCUGAAGGAAGCCGCGGUGCUCCCUGCCCCAUGGGAGGACCCGUCCGCUUGUCAGCCGCGCGGGCGGGCGGGAGGCAGACCCUCUCGGGCCACCUGCUGGUGCGGAGCCGGAGUCGCGGGGGGGGGGGGCGGGGGGAGCCAGUGCCGAGGGCGUGGGACCGGGCGGCGCCGAGCCGAGGCUGCAGCCGCGCGGACCCGGAGCGCCGCAGGGCACGUGGCGGCCCACGGCCCCAGGAAGGCCCGGGGUGCUGCCGGGGCGGCGGCACACCCGCAGCCGAGGAGGCGGGGGUCCCGAAGGGCUUCCGGCCUCGGGCUGGGAGGGCGAGGCCGCCGGGGGUCGCGGUGGCUUCCCCGACGGCGCAAAAGCGUCGGGCGCGUCCUUCGAGCCGGAGUCGAACCAGCGACGUAAGGAUGUCCACGCCUCUCCGGCCUACAGUCCUCCGCUCUGCCAGCUGA